AUGGCUGAUUCUUCGCGUCGUGGUGGGCCGCCUCUCCGGAUGGACAUGGCGGCAGAGACCCCGGUUCCGGAGAGCGGGUCGGUGUCGCCUACGAAGCGAGGGGGCGAUCGACAGGAUGCUCCGGCUAAGAGGGUUGCUGUGACUGACAGUGGCUCCGGGCUGCCGAACUCGGGGGUGCUCCAGGUGGACAUGCAGAUGUUGGCCCGUCUUCUGGAAGAAACAGGGAACAAAAUUAUGCAGGCCCAGCAUGAGCACUUGGAAGCCAGGAUGGGGGCAUUGGAGGACCUCACCGGGAAAAGAUUGGCGGCUGCCGAAACCCGUGUGGGUACAGUCGAGACGAAGGUGGACUCCUUGGAGGGCAAGAUCGAGGAGCUUACUAAGCGACUGGAGACCACUGGUGGUUCAGGGGGCACAGAUCAGGAACGAAGGAUGACACUCGUGUACGGCGGGUGGCCGAGAGACAGCCGCCGUGCCGACAUACUCAAGCAGCUGCAGAAAGCCCUGGAAAAGCUCGGCGUAUGGCAGGAUGUGGAUGCAGAUCCGUUCACCACAGGCCCGCGGCGUGCCACGGCUCUGAGUGUGUUUAAAGCCAGAAAGGGGGAAGGGGCCUACGACGUGCGGCAACGCAUGCAUGGCAUUAUCCGUGCCUUGGCAGACAACGAGAUCAUUCUGGCAGGGGGCAAAAAACUAUUCGCCACCUUCGCAAAAUCCAAGGCAGAGAGGGACAUUGCCUCGCAUGCGGCAUGGAUCAAGAGAACCAUCCACGGCCUCGCUCCCCAAGCAGUGCAGCGACUGGACAUUGAGUAUGCGACGGGUGGUGUAUGGGCAGGCCACUCGUUCGUGGCGAGCGCUAAGCAGCCCCCGCCUCCGGGGGUUGCGGGCGGAGACCUCUUGUGGGAUGAGACCAAGGGUGGCAAGCACUGGAUCCACGUGUCGGCACUAGCGAGAGAGCUGGGGUUGUCGGAGGCAGCCAUCAGGGAUGGCCUUGAAGAGGCACACAACUGUGGGGUGGCAGAGAACAACUAUGCCCGAACCAUCUCAGACUUUGUGGAAGGCAUAUCUGGGGAUGCAUUGAUUGUCGUUCAAGAGGUUGCCCGCCAGGAAGCUGGCUGGCAGACACAGCACCACGAUACUUGGCAGGCCCUUCUACAUCGGGAUGCUGAUGCCUGGAGGGGGGUUGGACUGAUCUUCAGGCCUUCGAGCUGGAGUGUCAUGCGCAGGAAAACAACGGAGAGAGGGGCUUGGUUCAGGGUCCGGCAUGCCACAGGGACGGAACUGUGGGUGGGGACUGCUCACUUUACACCUGGAACAUCGCAGGCGGUUCAUGCAUCGCAGGUGGCCAAUCACUUGCAGGGCUUGCCUGCCACUCAGCUCCCGGUUCUGCGGGGGUGUGAUGUCAAUUCUCAGCUUUCGUGGAGCAGCGGCGAGUAUGGGGAGGGUCUACCUACAGCUAAGAAUGGCAAAACCUUUGAAUUUCUGUCGCAGUGCAAGGGUCGUGGUUUGGACUUGGUUCCGCCUUCGGAGGAGGACUUUGAGACCCCCGCAAGCUGCCCCCGACAGGACCUCAGGGCGGGCAAACAGAUUGAUGCCAUAUUGCAGGGGCGGGCUCGGGUGGAGACCUUGAGUAUUCACAAAGGGUCCCAUAAGGCUCUUGGCACGGACCAUGAGCUCCUAUCUGUGGUGGUUCAUCUUCGGGGUGGACGUGCAGGUAGGCCACACAGAACGAACCCUCGCAUUUGGACGGGAGGGCUUGAGAGUAUCGAGGGCCCGUUGGACCACAAGGAGCUUAUGAGGCUGGCCCAGCAGCACACUCGCAGGCGCCCCGGCCGAGCCUAUAGUGACCCCCCGGAAGUCAAGGAGGCCUUCAAGCAAGCCAGGGUUUUGAAGUCUGGAAGAGCAUGGACCAGGGCUAGGAAACUCCGAAAGUCUGCUCGUCUAGAGUGGGAGACCGAUCGGCUGGCCAGAGCUACCAGUGGAGACUGGGCAGCCUACAGACAACUCAAACGCAAAGGCAAUGAUGGGUGGGAUAUAGUCUUUGCUGAGGCCCAUGAAGGGAAGGACCCCCACCAGGUUGUGCACGACCACCUGGCUGGCAUUUACACGACUGGGCAGAUUGUCCCGCCUUUGGGCCCCUGGGAUGGCCCCAUUGACCCGUUCACGAUGGAAGAGUUAGAGUUCGCGCUUUCCAAAGGCAAGAAGGGCAAGGCAGUUGGGGUUGAUCAGACUAGCCAGGAACUCUUGUCGGGCAUUGCAUCGGUACCCGGAGGGAAAGAGGCCCUGCUUAAAUUUUACAAUCAGGUGUAUCGCGAUGCUGUGGUGCCAGCCGAGUGGAAUACAGCCCUCAUGGUAGUGAUUCCUAAAGAAUUGCUCCCGGUUGACCCCAAAAACCUCCGACCACUUGCGAUGGGGCGUGCGAUGGGGGACGGGGCCACGUUUCGGUCCUGGCAUGCCCUUUUGGCUGAGACGGAUGCGGUCUUACAAACCGGUUGGGAUCAAAGUAGACUUCAGCUUGACCGAGGGAUCAAACAGGGCAGUAUUGAAUCGCCUGCUCUCUUCAGCUACUUAGCAGAGCAGAUCCUGGAGGACACCAAGGCGGAGUUUCGUUGGGCUGACAGGCCUAGGGUUUUCGAAGGGCUGGACCUGGAAGAGCUCCUGUUUAUGGAUGAUGGGUGUGUGUGGGCUGACUCUCCUGAGGCCUUGGGAUGCAAGCUUGAGGAGUGGUCCAGGGUCCUACUGCGCUCGGGGCUUGCAUUGAACCCGGCGAAGUGUAAGGUCUACUUCUCGCCCUUUGCCCCUAGGAACAAGGAGGUCGAGGUGUUUGGCAAAGUGAUCGCGUCCUUGCCCACCUUUACCAUCAUGGGGGUCCCCUUCCGAGUGGGGGCCUCGGCAUCCGAACUACUCGCUCCCUUCGUUCAACGUGCCAAGGACAAGUUCUGGGCGAUGGUCUACGACAUGGCUCGAACGAUGGUGGACACUUGCAGGGCAAGCUCCCUUCCAUGUGAGACAAAGCGCGACUCGCGCCGGUGGGAUUUUCCCCCAAGCAGUGCAAUCGAGCAGACUGCCUCGGUGGGUGACUGCAAGAUGCCUCUCCGUGGAGGCAACCUGCCAGGGCCACACUCUCUUGAUGCAGAUGACACGUUUGGUUUGAAGGAGUACAGGGCGGAGGACGAGCAGCAGGUGGAGGUGACCUCGCUGAUGCAGACAGGGGCCGGGGAGGCCUUGGAAGGCCCAUGGCUGGAGCUCCUGGAAGAAAUUCGCCUGCGAUUGGAAGGAUACGGGAAGGGGGAGCGAAGCCAGGUUGCAGGACAUAUGCUUCGGCUCCUGGACCACAGGGCGACUGAUGCAGCCUCGGGAUACUUGCUGGGCCAUAUGCCGGGCCGAGUCUCUACCUUGACUGCCCUACUGGUGGCAAUGCGAGAUGAGGAGUGCUAUGGUCACAAGGUCCCGGCAGGGGAUGUGAAAUUACAAUGGCUUCGACAGACGUGGGACAGUGUGACCAAGUACAUCCCACAGCACCCUGGUAGUGCAGCAGCGGCGGGUAGAUGGCCCAGUCAUGAUAUGCCUGUUAUCAUGACGUUCAUGAGACCACUACCGGAGGACACACCCCCGAGCUCGCCCAUACAGGUUGAGAACAGUUCGGAACAGGUGCUUCGUGGACAACAAAAGCGGAGGUAUGCCCAGGUGGAACUCAGUUCUGGCUCGGCGGACCACCCUCGAUCCGUCCGCUUGGAGGUGCCACUACAUGAGCGAACAGGGGUUUUGCAGCUACGGUUUACCGUGGAGGCCGAGCUGGAGCCCAACAGCCCGGCCAGCACAGUGCCGGCAGAGGGGGCACCGGGGGGCCUGGACACCUAUGGUCUGUCUGCCAGUGACUUCGAGGACCUGCGAUGGAAGUGGAACCGGGGAGAGGCCACCUUGGAGUCGGUAUCGGCUGAGCAUGGUGCCCACGUGGCAGGAGAACUGCUGCUUAGAUGGGGGUCAUCGGGGGUCCUCUUCUCGCCGGAGGAGGAGCCGGCAGCAGCGACGGUCGUGGACGACCCUGGCCCGACCCCCGAGGUGGCUGAUGGACGACCUCAUGAUCAAGAGGAGGACGAUAUUUCGGGGCUCUUCGCCUGGUGGAGCAUGGUGGUGCUCCACCAGCAAGCUGUGCCUCAGGUGGCACUUACCUCUGCCCUCAUGGAGCUUAUUUGGCGACGGGGCGACCAGGACUACCUGAUGGAGACUGAGGGCUAUAUUGAGGACCUGGGGUUAACAAUGGAGGUGGACAGGGAUAGGGCUACAGAACUACCCGGCGACAUCCUCGGUGCAGUGGAGUGGAUGGAAGCAGAGUUGUGGCAGAUAUUUGUGGACGAACUGGAGGGUGCGGUCGGGGAAACCCACCAAGUCCAGAGUGCUCGGGGACAGGCCACCAUGACACCACAGCAAUGCCAAGGAUGGUGGCAAUGGGCUGAGCUUGUGGUUCAGCACCGCUCACGCUCGAGGAGUCGCAGCCCGAGGGCCCGGGAACAGGAGGGUGACGGUUCGUCGUUGAUGGAGACCGGAAGAAGCAAGCCGACGCCUAAGCGAAAGGCAGGCCCAGCACGCGGAGACCGCAGGGAUCAAGAUGAGGAUGAUGACAGAGGCGACAGAAGGGCAGCCUGGCCGCGCAAUGGGCUGAGUGAUGGGCGACGCCGGUCGCCAGACCGGAGGAGGUCACGGAAACCCGCCAGGGGGGCAAGCAGUGGAGCGAGGGAGAGAACGCCUGUCCCGCGAGUGACCAGCGAGGUCAGGCGAUUGGGACCCCGGGGUGGGGCUUGCCGGCCACCUGCCCCCAUGACAGUUGGCAAUGCGACCUGCUUUUGGCUGCACACAUUGGGCUUGAGGGAUGGUUUGGCCACUGACGAUCAUCAUGCCCUGGACCCGGAGCAGCAUUCCAACAGGGUCCGUGCAGUGCAAGACAUUCGCCAGGAGGAUGUCCUCAUGCUGAUGGUGGCACUAAUGCGGACGAUGGCGAUGUUUGUUGUGGAGUCCAGCCAAUUAAUGAUGAGCCGAGUUGGGCCCAGGGGUGCCCGAGGAGAUGAGGAGGUGGAAGUGGAGGUGGAGGAUAAUGGUGAUGAUGAGGAGAUGUGGAUGCAGACAUCGCGAGGGGUCUUGAGGGCGCGAGGUCCAGAAGAAGGCGAGCAGCUGGCGGAGGAUGAACGAGACGCUAAGCAGCAGAAGAGGGAGGAUCGCAACAGUGAGGACUAUCAGCUGCAGGAGAGAGCCAGGGAGGAGGAGGCCCAAGAGCGGGCGGAUGAGGCCUUGUGGCAACAGCAUGUGGCGGCCACUUACAGGGACUGGGAGUGGUGGGUGGUGCAGACGUGCCCUCCCAGCAGACCCCGUCGCUUGCAAGCCUCGAUGAUGAUUGCCCAGGGCUCGGCUGGCGAACGAGUGACGUGCAGCAUUCCCUUGGCGAGGGGACGGCCUAUUGACAUCCGGCUUAGCCUGAGGGAGGUGCAGGAGGACCAGCAGGCGGAGGACUUGGGUUCAGGGCUGGCCACGGGUUCGGGGAUGGAGGAGAACCUGGAAAGCCGUACUAUGGCCUUGUAUCGGGCCUGGAUGGGCGGCCACGUGGACCAGGCGGGGGUGCAGGCUAUCGUCGGGGACGAGAUGAUGGGGAUGUUUUGGGCCCAGCGGAUGGUGGAGGAGGAUGGCGAUGGGUCACAGUGCAAUGUCCCCGGGGGGCCGACGACUCAGCAGGGAGUGGCACCGGAGCGCAGUGUGGUGGCACAGGGGACAACUUCGGGGUUGCAGUCAGUGCCGCACGGUGACCUUGCGGGGGUGGUGGUACAAGGGAGCAUGGUGGAGCAAGGGGUUAUGAGGUUGCCCGUCGAGGAUGUCACAGCAGAUAGGACAGUGGAGGAGGAGAAUGACGGGGCACAGCAGUUUACACCAGGGGUUUCGUCUGCACUGCAUGUGAGGGAUGGGCUAAGAGGCUGCCGGCAAACAGAUGUGACCGAACGUGUACCUGAGCAUGUGGAGUGA